GGCACAAUCCCCCCGGCGACGCAUACUUCAGAAAAAGCGUCUGCCACAAAGCCAUGCUACUUUAAGUUCUCUAUCAACGAUGACCCAGACUCAGCGCCUACUCGGAUUAAGCAUCAGCCUAGAUCAGACCUUCCCAGACGUAUGUCGACGAGAUCUCGUGGAAGGGUACCAGACUGCAUCGCGGAUGUUGCCCGCUGCCCUGACAUGCAGCUUAUUGAGACCGAUUCACUCAGUAUUCCCAGCUACGAGAUUUCCGCAAACUUCUUUCAGGAGAACCAAGCUUAUCCCCUGAGAACACUGCAUGCUUCAAGUCAGCAAGGCCGGCAGCCUAGUUGUUACCAGUCACCAGUAGCAGCGUCAGACCCGUAC